AUGUCAAGCAACGCUUCUGUGUUUAAUAAUGCGCCACCCGAGGCACCUCUUCGUGUAAACGCACUUCGCGUGGUUGGAACAACCAAGACACGUCAUUCAUUCCUCAACAGUAUAACCUCAAACGCAUUCAAGGCUGAGACAACUGAAGAAGUGAUUAACCAAGUCAAAAAGAUGGCCUCUCAGUUACAGAAUCAUGAUGUAUUUGAGGAAAUCAAGAUUUACUUGGACACAAACCAUCAACAGCCUGACACGGUCGACAUCACACUUCGAUUAAAGGAAAAGGAAAAGGGCAUAUUUCAUACCAAAGUGAACGUGGGUGACAACCAAGCUGAAUUGAAUGGAACUGCAGGUGUGCGCAACCUUUUUGGUGGUGCAGAACAGGCGUAUACUAGUUUUUCAUUUGGUAAUCGUACUAGAGCUGCCUUUGAGGGAGCAAUUGAAUCGCCUUUUAGAGGUGACGCCAAUAUCAAGAUCGGUCUCUUCGUCAAUGGCUCCAUCCGAGAUCAUAGCCAGAUCAAUGCCUUUAAAGAAACAGCCAAGUCUUGUGGUAUUCGCGUGAAGGCAUUCAACAAAUUUGGUGAACACCAAGUGGCCUAUACCUUAACUGAUAGGGAUAUUGUAGCACUUCAACAGGCAUCAAGCACUGUGCGUCAUCAAUCUGGUUCUCAUCAGAAGCAUGCUCUCUCUCAUCAAUUUGUUAGAGAUGAACGUGAUGAUCAAUUACUUCCCAUGAACGGUCACUACUUGAGCCUGUUCCAAGAAGUAGCUGGCAUGAGUGACAAGGGCGAUGUGAGCUAUGUGAAGCAUGAACUGAAUGGAUCCUAUCAUCAACCUAUCGUACGAGAUUUGUUGACUCUGAGCACCUCAGUUCGAGCUGGUCUCAUGACCCACGUGUCAAAGGAUGCACCCGUGACGGAUAGAUUCUAUUUGGGUGGUCCAUUGUCUGUGCGAGGCUUCAAGACGGGUGGCAUUGGUGAACGAGAUGGAAAUGACGCACUCGGUGGCCAAGCUUAUUGGGCAGCAGGUGUCAGCUUGAUCAGUGCUAUUCCCGGUCUAGAGCAUACACCCGUCAAGGCCCAUGCGUUUGCAAAUGCUGGUAGCAUUGUGACCAAGACAACUAAGGAUAGCUUGAAUGAGUUGGCUAAUAACCCUCGUACUUCUGUUGGUUUUGGCCUCAUUUUACAUCACAGUAUUGCCAGAAUUGAAGCAAAUUACUGUAUUCCUAUAAAAUACGCUUCGAGCGACUUACUGCUGCCUAAACUUCAAUUCGGCUUUGGUCUCAAUUUCUUGUAA